AUGACAGAAGUUCAGGCACGGACUAUUCCACCUCUUAUGGCAGGUAGAGACGUCUUGGGUGCUGCAAAGACUGGAUCAGGCAAGACAUUAGCAUUCUUGAUCCCAGCUGUUGAGAUCCUGUAUCGUUUAAAGUUCAAACCUAGAAACGGUACAGGUGCAGUCAUCGUUUCACCCACAAGAGAAUUGGCAUUGCAGAUUUUUGGUGUUGCCAAGGAAUUGUUAAAGUAUCAUCAAAUGACCUUUGGUAUUGUCAUUGGUGGUGCUAAUAGAAAGGCAGAAGCAGACAAGUUGGUAAAAGGUGUCAACCUGUUGGUGGCUACACCAGGUCGACUGUUAGAUCAUUUACAAAAUACCCGUGGAUUUGUAUACAAGAAUUUGAAGGCAUUGAUUAUUGAUGAAGCAGAUCGUAUAUUGGAAAUUGGUUUCGAAGACGAAAUGAGACAGAUUGUCAAUAUAUUGCCAUCAGAACGACAGACCAUGUUAUUCUCUGCUACUCAAACAACCAAGGUUCAAGAUUUGGCCCGUAUUUCAUUAAAAAAGGGACCAUUGUAUAUCAACGUCCAUGAAAAUCGAGAUACCUCAACAGCCGAUGGAUUGGAGCAAGGAUACGUUGUCUGUGAUUCUGAUCGUCGAUUUUUACUGCUAUUUACCUUUUUAAGAAAGAAUUUGAAGAAGAAAGUGAUUGUGUUCUUUUCAAGCUGUAAUUCUGUGAAAUAUCAUGCUGAACUAUUGAAUUACAUUGAUGUGCCCGUAUUGGCUUUACAUGGUAAGCAAAAGCAACAGAAACGAACAAAUACCUUUUUUGAAUUCUGUAAUGCGGAAAGGGGUAUUUUGUUAUGUACAGAUGUUGCAGCCAGAGGAUUAGAUAUUCCAGCAGUAGACUGGAUCAUUCAGUUUGACCCACCUGAUGAUCCUCGUGACUACAUUCAUCGUGUAGGUCGUACGGCCCGUGCGGGAGGCCAGGGAAAGAGCUUAUUAUUUUUAUUACCAAGCGAACUUGGCUUUUUAAGAUAUUUAAAACACGCCAAGGUGCCAUUAAACGAGUACCAAUUCCCUUCCAACAAGAUAGCCAAUGUACAAGGACAAUUAGAAAAACUGAUAGAAAAGAAUUAUUAUCUGAACCAAUCUGCCAAGGAUGGUUAUCGAUCCUAUCUCCAUGCUUAUGCUUCAUUCAGCUUAAAAAAGAUUUUCGAUAUCAACAACUUGGAUCUAGCAAAAGUGGCCAAAGCCUUUGGUUUUGCUACACCACCCAAAGUCAAUCUGGGUUCAAUAAAGCAAUUGAAGCAGACAGCAGAAGACAAGCAAUAA